GGCAAAGCCACCAGCGCCGCGACGCGCAGGGGCGGGGGCGGGAGGGGGGGGCAGCCAGGGGAGGGAGGCCGGCCGAGGGAGGGGGACGCGCCAGCGAAUAGGCCGGAAAAUGGCUCCGCCGCGCAGAACGGCUGCGCUGGAGUAGGCCGCUGCCACUGCUUUCCAGAGAGGGAGGUGGAGACCAAGGACCCCGGCUAGUUCUUUCCCGCUACCGGCCCGCCCCCCACAGUGGGGAAAGGUGGAGAACCUACAGCUAGGAGCCUGCCCCUUUAAAUAUGCCCCAGGAUGAUGGAGCGGCAGCCAGCUGAGCUGCCCCCCAAUGACCCCCCGCGGGAUGCAGCCCCCGGGACUAGCGGAGGCGGCGGCGGGGGUGGUGGCUCCGAGCCUGAGCCUGAGUCCGAGUCUCGCAUGGAGCCACCGCGGCCCCCCCCACACCUCCUCCUCCUCAACGGCGUUGCCAAGGAGACCGGCCGUCCGGCCCCCGACCCCCCCGUCAUCGAGUUGGCCCCCCGCCGCGGCCCAGGGGGCGGCGCCCGCGACUUAAAGGGCCGAGACGCAGAGGCUCGCCAGAGGGUGCCCACCACGGAGCUGUGUCGGCCACCCGUCCCCGCCCCGGCUCCGGCAUCAGCCCCAGCAGAGCCCCCCAGCGACGGUCGCAUGGUGCAGCUGAGCCCCACCCCGCUCCCGGGACAGGCGGCCGCAGCCGCUGCCGGCAGAGCCAUGCUCUAUGGUCUUGGACAGCCGCUUGCCUCGCUCAGCAGCGGGUUUUUCGGGGAGCCGGACCCCUUCCCCGUGUUCACCAGCAACAAUCGCGUCAAGAGGAGGCCUUCGCCCUACGAAGUGGAGAUCAAUGACGGUCCCCACACCAAGGUUGUCCGACGAAUCUUCACCAAUAGUCGGGAGCGCUGGAGACAGCAGAACGUUAAUGGGGCAUUUGCUGAGCUCCGAAAACUCAUCCCCACUCACCCACCAGAUAAGAAGCUCAGCAAAAAUGAGAUCCUUCGUCUGGCUAUGAAAUAUAUCAACUUCUUGGCCAAGCUCCUCAAUGACCAAGAGGAGGAGGGCAGCCAGCGGGGCCGGGGGGCCAAGGACCCUGUGGGGACUGGCAGCGCGGGCAGUGGAGGAGCCGGGACAGGCCCCGGGGCCGGGACGGCUCCCGACGAUCUCCUCCAUGAUGCUCUCUCACCCAACUCCAGCUGCGGCAGCUCCCUGGAUGGCGCUGCAAGCCCUGACAGCUACACAGAGGAUUCUGAGCCCAAGCACCCAACCCGAAGCCUCCACCCUGCACUGUUGCCUGCCGAUGGCACCGGCCCACGAUGAUGGGCCCUGCCAGAGGGCAGCCGGGAUGGCGCACGCUUGGGGCUUGGGGCAGUGGAUGGAGCAGGAUAUUGGGAGGGGGAAAAAGGCUGGUCCCGAGGCUAGGAAAAGACUGGCCUGGAAGCAGGGCCACCUGGCU